GAGAGUUGUCUUGUUUACGCAUGCGCCUGGGCAUUGCGCCCUCCCUCUUGUGCACAAACUGUGGACAGGAAAACCGCAACGAGAGGUGACGUAAUACACAAGCUGUUGUAGAGAGCUGAAAGGAGCGAGAAAGAGGGGAAUAGGAGAGAAAAGCGGAGAAACAAACAGAUUCGAGAAGAAGAAAAACAGGGAGGAGAUUGGUAAAUAUCGAUUCUGGUCAGGAAUGUCAGGAAAAUGUGGAGCGACAGAAUUCCGGGAGUGUAAAUCGUAACUCCAGAGGCUGUCUUGAUCGCGGGAAUGGGACAUUCAGGGAGAUUGAAAAACACGGUGUGGACACACUGAGAGCGAGUGGGAGAAGGAGAGUGAUUCAGAAACCUGCACGGGUUGCAUUUGUGACUGAUCACCCAGAAUUUUGGGAAAAACUGCGGCUCUUAAGAAAAGGAAAAGCCCGGGAAAGGGAAGGUUGUGAAGUGCAAGAAAGAAUCUGACACUUGUUUUCCCUAGGGAAGGUUUUUACCACAUCCGUGACAGGGAAUUGUGAAGGAAGCCUGUUUCUGUUUAUUCAUUUAUACGCGGAUCCAACUUUGACUGACCCCAAAUCUCUUGUGAAAUAAAAAAAUAGAUCCUAGGAACAAAUCCAACUCCUGCUUUCAUUGCCGCCUUGUGUUUUGUCGUUUGCUUGUUGCGAAGAUUUGUCAGAAAAAGAGGAAAAAAAAAUCUGUAAAGGAAAAAUUGAAUGAUAUUGAGGGAGUGGAAAAUAUGGUAUUUUGCAAUUGGAUUAUGGAAUUUUGACUUUUUUUUCACGCUUUGUAGCUUUAUUGUAUCCGAAGACAGAGAUAAAACAAAGAAAUAGAUUUCUGUGUGUGUGAUCCUUUAAAAUUUCAAGAAAGAAAAGAAAAAAGAACACCGCUUCCAAAUUGUUUGUUUGUUUGUUUUUGGAUGAUUUAAAAAAAAAAAACAAAAAAAAAAAAUAAAGUUUUCAGUGUUCUUGAAGAUAUAUUCAGGAACAUUCUGGUGGAAAACAGAAACUUUCAGAUUUUCACAUAUUCCUCAAAAGCUGCUGGACUUUUAUUGAAAUCUGUGGUGGAAUUGAUGUUGCCGAGUUUAUUGCAAUUGGCCAAAAACAUGAACCACGUUUUUUUUGGAAACAACAUAUUGAAAGAAAUUUCAUGAUAACUAAAAAAAAGGGUGCAAUAUUCUGACAAUCAGAGUUUGGUGGAUAAAUAGUAUUUUGAGUUUGGUUAUGCCUUUUUAAAGAGGAGGAGACAUAAAAAUCAAAUGAUUUCUAAUAGCACUAGCACUGGAUUUGGGAUUUACUAAGAGAGAGAAAGGAAAAGAUAUUUAUAUAUAAAAGUACAGAUCUUUUGAUUUUUUUUUGGUGAAAUUAUUCAUUCAAAAUCUUUACCCAUUUAAAUAUCUAGGAUUCGCACAACUUCUCUUUAACGUCAACGUCAUUUUAGAUCUUUAUUUUCCUUUUGGAAUUCAUAUGGAAGCAAAAUAAAAGCAUUUGUCUUAAACCCUUUUUGGAGAAAAUUUUAGUUGGCUGAUUUUAGAUUCCUGGCCAAUGCAAAUAUCCAUUAAGGAUCCAAAAAAAAGAAAGAUUGUUUGAAUUUCACUUUAAACUUGGAUGGUUUUGAGGAUACACAGUGAACAUAAAUCAAACUUCCUCUCAAAUUUCCCUUAUCUGGCUUUCCACCCUUAUAUAAAACUGUCCAAAUUCUCUUGCAAUAGCCAGCUAGGACCAAAAACUUGGCCUUCUGUGGUCCAUGCAAACUCAAAACGCCUGGUGCAAUUUCUUCAUCGUGUUCAAAUCUAAAACAGACCAGUUUCCAGUUUCCCAAAAACCCCAAACCAUUGGGAAUAUCUCAUUGUGGAGGGUCUGUAUUGAAUUCUUGCCUUUUUGAGCUUGUUGAAACGGGCCCCGUGUUGGGGUAGGACUGCCGCUGUCCCCCUCCCCUGCCCCCGGAUGUGCUAAGCAGGCGCGGGGUUAGCUGAGCGAUGGGCAGUGUUCCGGAUGUCGGGGAAGGUCUAGGCUGUGUGCCGUGGCGUGUUCGGAAACUGAAAGCCGGCGUGGACACGCCCCUAUCCCAGCAUGCAAUCUACCACGAAAAACAGAGGCGGGAGCUGUGCGCUCUGCACGCACUCAAUAACGUCUUCCAGGACGCAACUGCCUUCAGCAGGGAGACCCUGCAGGACAUUUUUCAGAGGCUGUCCCCCAACACCAUGGUGACCCCUCACAAGAAGAGCAUGCUGGGAAACGGCAAUUACGACGUCAACGUGAUCAUGGCGGCCCUGCAGACUCGCGGCUAUGAGGCGGUGUGGUGGGACAAGAGGAGGGAUGUCAGCUGUAUUGCCCUGCCCAACGUGACCGGCUUCAUCCUGAACGUGCCCUCGAACCUGCGCUGGGGGCCCCUGCGCCUGCCACUGAAGAGGCAGCACUGGAUCUGUGUGAGGCAGGUGGGGGGCGUCUUCUACAACCUGGACUCCAAACUGAGCUGCCCGGACUGGAUCGGGAACGAGGACGAGCUCCGGAAGUUCCUACGACACCAGCUGAGAGGCAAGAACUGUGAACUCCUAUUGGUUGUUCCCGAAGAGGUCGAAGUUCACCAGACAUGGCGGACGGACACCUGCUGAGGAACUGUUUACAUAACCAGCCAAUCGGAGCAAGCCUGUUUACAUAACCAGCCAAUCGAAGCAAGCUGGGGGCGUUGACUUGUCGGGAUCCCUUGCUUGUAUCGGAGCGAGACUUUUUCUGGUGAACACUACGAACUGGAUAGCCAGCCCUGUAACAAAGGCACCCUGCUUGUCUCUCGCAUCCCAGACUCUGCUCACUCUGACAAAUGGAUGCAUUUCUAUACCAUGUACACAUUGUUCUGUUUAAGAUCAAAGAAACAGGUAAAUUACAUUUUUACAGUAAAACUAAUUAUGGGCACUUUUUGAUGUUUGAAACACUUCUCCCCUCCCUCCCCUGGGGAACAUUGACAAAAUGCACUGGCCACCUCUUAUCAAUAUUCUGUGUUUACAGUACAUUUUAUAUCUGUACAGCCGUUGGAUUGUAAGCAUCCCUUUAUCUCUGCUAUUGACACUACAUACAGGAUGUUGUACAGUGGCACCAAAAAUGAAUUGGGUAGGUACUGCAAGUUGCAAUAUCCAUAGUUGUGUCUAGGGUACAUUCGUAAACCGUGCACCAUGUGAAAAAUGUAUUGUACAAAAGCAUGUUCUGCUAUUGGCCUGGCACAGACUACUUCACUGGUUCCAGUAAGAGGGCCUGAAUUUUGGGUUUGCCUCAGAAUAGUUUUAUCUAUUCUGUUACCUUAGCAUUGGAGCACUUUAUUACAAGACAGAAAUCCUUGUGUUGCAGGGAUGGAAAUAAGACUCCUAUUGCACAGCAGAUUCACCCCAUUCCAGGUUUUACUACCAGCUUAAUUAGCCCCGGUAUGUCUAGAUAAGAAACUCAGGUGUGUUUUAUUGAGCACAUAAUAAAACCAGGAAUGGAUGAAACUGCUAUGCAAUGGGAGUCUUAUUCAGGGAUAGGGAUAGAAAUAAGACUCCUAUUGCACAGCAGUUACACCCAUUCCAGGUUUUACUGCAAGCUUGAUUGGCCACAGUAUGUAGAUAACAAGCUCAGGUGUGUCUUCUUGUAUGCAUAGUAAAACAAGGAAUGGAUCAAACUGCUAUGCAAUGGCAGUCUUAUUCCCAUCCCUGUGUUUCUCUCCUUUUUAAAUGCAUCUUCCUGCAUUGUUCCUGUCUGCAAGUUUUCUAAACAAACGGCAGCGGUUUUUGUUGUCGUUUUUUUUUUUUUUUUUUCCUGCUCUCGGUGCAAGAACUGUGUUAGAGAACCACAUUCAGAAUACAGAUGUGGGAAAUCAAAUGUGGAAUGAGGAGGAACUCAAAAACAAAACCAGAAUAAUUACAUUUUUUUUUAAUUAAACAGUAAAUGAAAAUACAAGAGAGAGGAAAAAAAAAAAAGCAGUUGGCUGUCCUGAACCGUACAGUCUUACCUCCUAGGUUCAGUAGGAGAAACACAGGUAGACUAUUUUAAGACACCUAGAAUAUAUGAAAUAACACAGGUUAAAGAUAUUAUUGCUGUAUAUAAUAUGUGCCAUGUUGGUUUUGGACAUGUAUUAUUGUGUGGCAGUAUAUUCUGAGCCACUCUAUUUGUAUAAUAGUAAGGUUCAGUAGAAUGUGUGUGUGUGUGUGUGUGUGUGUAAGUAUCUCAUUUUGAUAACUAAAAAACAUUUGACCAAUAUUGAAGAAGAUGCAUUCAUUUAAUAACAAUACAAUUUGCACAUGACUUGUUGGGGGGAAAAAAACCCAUUUAUUUUUCAAAUCAUUGUUUCUUUAAGCUUAAUAUAGCGUAAAAUAAUUAAACAUUACACCAGUGUCAAAAGCCACAUGUAUUGCACAAAUUAAACUAAUUGGCGAUUGAAAAAUCUACCGGGUUAUUUACAAUGCAGAUUUUUAGGAGUGCUGUAGCAAUAAGUAACGGCUAAUCUAAAAAUACAACAGCAACAGGUAGGAACACUUCUUAAUGGGAACGAUGUAUUCUUUGGGUUUUUGAUUGUACACAAUAGCAGAAUGAACUAAUUUUGCUUCAUAAAGUAAAAUGAAACCUGCUGUGUCACGUUAACAUAAGGAAUUGCACAUCGCUUUGUAGUUUUCCCAUAUACUUAAUGAAAAACUGACAAAUGACAAAAUGUGACAUUUCGAAGUCUUACAUGAGAUACUGCUAUUAUGGCUUCCGGUAGACACUUGCAAUUGGUAGUUUCUUUUGUUACAUGAGGUUAAAUGAAAGAUCUAAGUUAUGCUCAAGUCAUUUUUAAAUUGUCUCAAUCCUAUAAUUAGAGGUGAUGCUAAACUUUUGGCCAGAGCUGUAUUUGGAACGCCAUUUUUGUAACCCUAAGUUAUCCAAGAGUGUGUUUUUACAAAAAAAAAAAAAAAAAGCAAGAUAUACAUUUCAAAAUAAAGAUUUAAAAAGAAGUUGUUUAUCUUUGAUUAACAUACCAUACUGUUUACAACUAUGGAUAUUAAUAAAUAGGGGGGCUGUUUGCAUAAUUUUUGGUGCCACUCUCAAUAUUUGAAGGGGGGGGGGGUAGUAAAAUGUAUCCUGAGUGGGCGUGAGAAAGUUCUUGGGUGGGAAAAAAAAAUACACUGCACAUCUUAACCUAUGUAUAUUAUUAUUAUUAUUAUUAUUAUUAUUUGUUUAUUUAGCAGACGCCUUUAUCCAAGGCGACUUACAGAGACUAGGGUGUGUGAACUAUGCAUCAGCUGCAGAGUCACUUACAAUUACAUCUCACCCGAAAGACGGAGCACAAGGAGGUUAAGUGACUUGCUCAGGGUCACACAGUGAGUCAGUGGCUGAGAUGGGAUUUGAACCGGGGACCUUCUGAUUACAAGCCUUUUUCUUUAACCACUGGACCACACAGCUAAUAUUAACUUAAGAGCAAAUCUUACAGUCGACACCUCCUGGCAUGUCAAACUUUAUCGAUGGCGCUGUGCAUCUGACGGUUACCUUUUUAUUUAAUCUCCGAUAUUAUUGUUGGAGAAGUCCGGUGCCAUCUGGUGAUGUAUUACGUGGCGCGCGCGUUAGUAAGUGAUGGACACAAUCGGUAAACAAUUAUUUGCUAAGGUUGUUCUUAUUAAGAUGGAUUGGAGGCUGGUUCCUGUAAAAGAAAAGCCAGUGGCUUGGUGAGUUUUUUUUUUAAUUACUGGUAAUAUGUACAUGAGAGGGGGAAGGGCACGGUCCAGUCUAGAAAGUUUGAGAACCACUGCUCUAGUCCCCCUCAAAGCCACGGGUGCGUCUGUAUCUCUCAAAGGUUGUUUCUCUCUUGACAUUAAGCAAUUAUUCCAAACUGUGUAAUAAAUGGAGGUUUAAAAAUACUAGUUUAUCGGAACUGUAGACUGGAAUGAGUUCAGUUCCCUCCCAAUGCUUCAAAAUUGCAGGAUCCCAGAUGAUAACCGAUGCAUCUUUUAGGACUGCUGUUCCAUUACACUAUAUAGGUCAGUAAAAUAAAUGGAAAUAAAGUGACUUGACAUACCACUGUGUGUGAGCCUGAGCAAGUCACUAACCUCCUUGUGACUGCACAGCAGCAGUAGUUGUUGAUGCAUAGUUCACCCCCUAGUCUCUGUAAGUCACU